GGAAGCGGAAGUGAAGAAUGCGUAUAUACGUAGCCCAGCUGCCACUUAGCAACGCGAGGAGGUCAGGUGACACAACCAGCUGACUCCCUUAGAGGAAGAUCCUGUGGCUGGGGCUGUUGCAGCCUCGAUUGCCCGGCGGGGGAUCCGAGUUAAACUGUCAUCGUCAGAAUGUCGGGCAAAGACCGAAUUGAAAUCUUUCCCUCGCGCAUGGCACAGACCAUCAUGAAGGCUCGAUUAAAAGGAGCACAGACAGGUCGAAACCUCCUGAAGAAAAAAUCUGAUGCCUUAACUCUUCGAUUUCGACAGAUCCUAAAGAAGAUAAUAGAGACUAAAAUGUUGAUGGGUGAAGUGAUGAGAGAAGCUGCCUUUUCACUUGCUGAGGCCAAGUUCACAGCAGGGGAUUUCAGCACCACAGUUAUCCAAAAUGUAAAUAAAGCCCAAGUGAAGAUCCGAGCUAAGAAAGAUAACGUAGCAGGUGUUACUUUGCCAGUGUUUGAACAUUACCAUGAAGGAACUGACAGUUAUGAACUGACUGGGUUAGCCCGAGGUGGGGAGCAGUUGGCAAAAUUAAAGAGGAACUACGCCAAAGCAGUGGAGUUACUGGUGGAACUGGCUUCGCUUCAGACUUCCUUUGUUACUUUGGAUGAAGCCAUUAAGAUAACCAACAGGCGUGUCAAUGCCAUUGAACACGUCAUCAUUCCCCGGAUUGAACGUACCCUUGCUUAUAUCAUCACAGAGCUGGAUGAGAGAGAGCGAGAAGAGUUCUAUAGAUUAAAGAAAAUACAGGAGAAGAAAAAGAUUCUCAAGGAAAAAUCUGAGAAGGACUUGGAACAACGGAGGGCAGCUGGUGAGGUGAUGGAGCCUGCUAAUCUUCUGGCUGAAGAGAAGGAUGAGGAUCUUCUGUUUGAAUAACCUUUCCUGCUCUGGUUCUUUCAUAAGCUCUAACAUGGCACCAUUUUAAUUCACGGUGUGUAGGUUUGGUAUGUGUGGCUCUUUAUUUUUUGGCCUAAGAAUUUCACUGGUGGUAAAAUUUCCCUGGAUGUUGGUUAUGGGACUACCUUUGCAAAAUCCUAAUUCAGCAACCAUUUAUCACAUGAGAUUUGUAGCCCCUGCCCAGGAACUUGUAGAAUUUAUUCAGCAGCAGCAGUACCCUGCUCCAUGUACAUCUGUUCAAGUGAUCUGCUUACCACGCAUAUUAGGAAAUCCCCCUUAGGAAACAGCAGUGGCCUCAGGCCAGCUAUGGCCGUGGCCACCUGUGUUCCCACCUGCUCCGACACCGUGGCACUGCUGUCUGAGAUCGCUGCAGCCAUCCUGUGGGACCCUGGUACUUGUCUCCAGCUUUAUGAAACCUUCACUAUUUGCCUUGCAUGGCAGGUCUCUGUCCUGUCUGUCAUGGGAGUUCUGCCAAUUUUAAUGUGAUUAUGGUAUAAACAGUAAAAUGAUUUAAAAAUGAA